AUGAAUAAGUCAUCUGGCGUGUCCAUGUCGGUCCAUCAGCAGUCUUUCAACAAGAUGCACCUGGCUGAACUGGUGUCUUGGUGUAUCGUUAACGGCCUUGUAGCCAUUUUAGCCAUCUUCGGCAACUCUCUAGUCAUAGCAGCCUUUAUCUGUUUUAAGAAGCUUAGAACGCGCACCACCUACUUUGUGGUUGGACUUGCAGCUGCUGACAUCCUGGUGGGCCUUUUGUCGAUACCAUUCUGGACGGCGACUUUGGUCUCAAUUUGGCUUGAGAGUGUGUCCUGGAUGAGUAAUUCAUUGUUGUACAGAGCAUUUAUCGCCCUGGAUGUCGUCUCUGGCAUCGCUUCCAUUCUCCAUUUGCUGCUGAUAAGCUUGGAGAGGCUGUACGCUAUUGGCUGGCCCGUCAGGCACCGAGUGUGUUCGAGGCGUUCUUACUUGUUAUCAGCAUCCAUGGCAUGA